AUGGCCUCAGAGGAUGUUGGAGGCUUGCCUUCAGACACCGAGUGGCCGCGGGUUUUGUCAGUGCCCCUCCAAGGACAAAUUUCCUUCUCUGGUUGUAACACGAGCUGUUUUUUGCAGGUCAUUCCCCGUGGGCUGGCGUCUCGCAGUGGGCUGCGGGUAGGGGACAGGAUCCUGGAGGUGAACAGCAUCGACCUGCGCCACGCCACGCACCAGGAGGCAGUGAACGCUCUGCUCUCCAACAGCCAGGAGCUGAGUGUGUUAGUAAGGCGAGAUCCACCGCCGCCUGGCAUGCAGGAAAUAUGCAUUGAAAAGGCUCCUGGAGAAAAGCUGGGCAUCAGCAUCCGGGGUGGAGCGAAAGGUCAUGCUGGAAAUCCGUUUGAUCCUACUGACGAAGGCAUCUUCAUUUCUAAGGUGAGCUCCUCUGGGGCUGCAGCGCGGGACGGCCGUCUCAAGGUGGGGAUGCGGAUCCUGGAGGUGAACCAUCAGAGUUUGCUGGGGAUGACGCACACAGAAGCAGUGCAGAUACUCCGCAGUGUGGGUGAUGCUCUCCUGGUGUUGGUGUGUGAUGGCUUCGAUCCCAAGGCUGCAGCUGCCAUUGAGAUGUCUCCGGGAAUCAUUGCAAACCCUUUUGCUGCUGGUAUUGGGCGCAAGAACAGCCUGGAAAGCAUCUCAUCUAUUGACCGGGAUCUGAGCCCCGAGGAGCUGGAGGUGCUGCAGAAGGAGAUGGAAAUGGUGAGAGAAGCGACUCAGUGGGAGAGAGAAGAAGUGGAGAAAGUGGAGUGGAUGCGUAGGGAGCGGGAUGCGGCCACGCGGCAGCUUGAGGAGGCGGCAGAGAAUGUCACGAGUGAACCUUUGCGAAUGGACUAUCGGACCCUGGCUGCUUUGCCCAGCAGUGGCUCACAGAGAGUCAAUCGCACUCCCGUUCAUUGCGAUAGGGCCACCUCCGGCACAGGGACUGACCGCACUAUGCUGUCCCUGCCGGUGGCACAGGACAGCCAGGACGGCUCCCCAGCAGCAGCAGCAGCAGCAGCAGCAGCAGCAACAUCCCUGACCACCAGAUGUGAGCCUGGCCCACCCCAGGACCCCGCGUCGCCCUGCCGGCGCACGUGUGGGGCAGAAAAGCCCCCUGUAGACCAACGGGAUCCCAACCACUGCUCCCCGCCCCGGGAGCCGGAGGCAGCAGAGCAAGAGUGCAUGAUCGACUCCCAGCCCAUCCUCUUCAGCGAGAACCCCUUCGUGGUGGCCAACCGGAGGGGGAAGGCGGCGGGCAAGGCCUGCCUGGGGGGCCCCCCGCUGGGCUAUGGCAGGGAGGGAGUGCUGAAGACCAACCUUUACUCCAAGGCUCCUGAGUCGGGGACGGGGAAUUCAAGGCGAGAAACUCCUUAUUCUCCCAGUAACCAGCAGAUGCCCGCAGCUGCUCGGCCAGGCAGGGAGACACGCUUUGCUUCCAUUAACUUCAUUGCGUCGCAGGAUGACAGCAGAUCAACCAAGCCAGGCGUCAUUCAGCCUCUUUCCCGAGUGCGACAAAACGCUGCCUCGCAUAACCCGGAGGAGGGGGACAGCCCCAAUCCCUUCCAGCAGCCCGAGCCAAGCUCCUCUGUCCACAACUCUCCAAAGCCACCAUCACCACCCUCUCCUGAUGAGAUUCCCAUCAACGUCAAGCAAGCAUACAAGACUUUUGCAGCAGUGCCCUUGUCACACCCUCUGCUCGAGACACAGGUGCCAACGCAGAGCGGCCUGCACAGCCCCGAGCAGCGAUCCUUCCGUGAGAGGCAGAAGUACUUCGAAGUGGAGGUGAAGCAGCAGCAGGUGGAUAAACCUCCCAAACGUGUCUCCUUGGUGGGAGAGGAUGACCUGAAGAAAAUGAAGGAAGAGGAAGCUCGAAAACUGCAGCAGAAACGUACCCUUCUGUUGGAGGAAGAAGUGGAGGAGGACGAGAUGAUAAAACAAGUGCCUGAGAUGAGCGUGCAGUCCACCGUCAUCAUCGAAGGAGUUGAGUACAAGAUUGAGAGGCUGAAUGGAAGGAGCAGCCAGGCUCCAGCAACUCGGUCCUCAGAGGUGAAUGAGAACAACAGCUCACAGAGGAAUUCGCUGGAAGAAGGAAUGAAGGCUGAACAGAGAACGAACUCCAUGUCUGGGUUGAGUCCAUUAAGUCUUGCAGCAGGGGACGCAUUGGCCCCGGUGCGGACAGCCAAAGCGGAGCGGCGGCACCAGGAGAGGUUGCGAAUGCAGAGUCCUGAGCUCCUGAGCAGCCAAGAGAAGGAACUUUCUCCAGCAGAACGUCGUGCUCUGGAGGCAGAGAAGCGAGCGAUGUGGAGGGCAGCACGGUGAGACAGAAGGAGCUUCAUUGUUUUCUUUGCUAGGCCAGUUGAAGGAAGAAUCCGGGGUGUUCAGAUGGGGAACAAAAAAAACUUCCCUAUGCCGUAUGUUUGCAGAGGUUGUAGUUGCACAUUUCUUCCAUUCCAACAGUGCAGAGCAUCCGCUGCUUGGCUGAGCUCAUCUGCUUCUGACCAGCUUUGUGAGUGAGAAGUCCCAUAUUCCAUAUGGCCAGCAGGGACGGGGAGGUGAUCGUCCCCC